CUCCAAACCUGGGUGUAUCAUACUGCAUCUAAAUCUUGACACGGACUGUCUGAUAUGCGGUCUUCGUCACUGUCGAGGCGGCUUCUCCUUCUUCAGCGUCAACUAUCCCCAAAUUCGAGCUCGAUCGUCAAUCAAAAGCGAACCAUGGCGAGUCAGAUUCCUACCAAAUUUGACAUUAACACCUCUUACACCAUGAAUUCCGGUUACCGUAUCCCUGCUUUAGGCUAUGGCGUGUACCAGACACCGGCUGCAUCCUGCGAAGAGGUCGUUCUUCAUGCAUUCAAAACCGGUUAUCGACACGUCGACUCUGCCAGGGCAUAUCGCAACGAGCAGCCGUGUGCUGACGCCAUCCGGGCAUCCGGCCUGAAACGAGAAGACAUUUUCUUCACCAGCAAAGUCCCACCGAGAGCGAUGGGCUACGAAGCGGCGAUGAAGUCCAUCGAAUCAUCAUUCAGCCAGACAAGACUCGACUACAUUGAUCUCUACCUGAUUCACUCUCCUUAUGGCGGCAAAGAAGGUCGAUGUGGGGCGUGGAAAGCCCUCGCAGAAGCUCAGAAAGCCGGCAAGAUCCGUUCUAUCGGUGUCUCGAAUUAUGGCGUCCACCAUCUCGAUGAACUAGAAGAAUACAUCAAGACUUCUGGUGUCGGUGGCACAAUCGAUGUCGGUCAGUGGGAGAUUCACCCUUGGCUUCCACGUAACGACAUAGUGGAGUGGGCAAGAAAGAGGAAUGUGGUCAUUGAAGCAUAUUGUCCCAUCAUUCGUGGCCAACGGUCGAACGAAGAAGUCCUCAAGACCUUGAGUCAGAAGCACGGCAAGACAUGGGCACAGAUACUACUGCGUUGGAGCUUGCAGAAGGGAUACGUGCCUUUACCGAAAAGCGUUACACCUUCAAGGAUCGAGGAGAAUGCAAACAUCUAUGAUUUCGAGCUUGAUGAGGGGGACAUGAAGAGCCUGGACUUGCCCAACUCAUAUGCGCCUUGCAGCUGGGAUCCGACGACAAGCAAUGAUUAAACUGCUCUGUCUUAUUAUCAAAAGGCGACUGAUCCCUUCAGCUUUUGGCUCAAUGACUCUGUCCCAUGAAUACCAGCAGCACGGCACAAUACCUAAUCAACUUAGCUUUAGCAGUCGAGGAUCACCAGAAGCCUAACUUACGCUGCUGUGGCUCCGCAGAUUUCAUGCCUCCUUGCACUUGUGGCAAUUGCAACCAACCCAGCGAACAUAGUCGUGGAUGCUAAUGCGAUCGCCAAUUGUUGAUAGCCGUCACUGUCUCUCAUCUUGUACAACACCGUCACUGGUCCCAUGAUCAAGAAUACCAGCACCAUGGUAAAGAGAAACGCGACAAAGGCGUCAAUCCGGCUUUUGUCGAACAGUUCCAAGUGCAAUUCGGUAUCGCCAUCAAGUUUCUCUUGCUGCAGUUUAUUCCGGAAGAGGUACUGUCACAAUUCAGCUGCCGUGAUCCUUCAUUGCCACGUCUAGGCUGCGACUUACACGAAAUAACGGCCGCCCUCUUCCGACUUUUGCAACAAGAUCCAGGAGAAGGCCAUGCAUCUUACUGGUCUCCUUGUUGCUACAAAGAGCAAUCAAGUCGUCGACAUGUUUGAUGUAGCUUCUGUCACGAAGGCACAGGUGGCCAUCGUUCCAGAUCAGUCCAGCAACAGACUCCCGGUCCCGUUCGCUCGGCGCAUCAUACUGCUGCAGCUCAGCGUAUCGUCUCAAAAGGUCAUCUGUAAACAUGAGUCCAGUGACUGUGCGUACGCAGGUGCAGAAUACUGACCAUACUUUUGGAGCUCGUAGCUGAGCCUCUCAAACAAUUCCCUCCGCGAUGCAGGUUCUCUCCUGUCGUCCCCUUCGCGGUCGCAAAGUGCCCUUUGAGUGUUUUCAUCUGUCUUGAAGUCCACGUCAUCCAGAUCUCUCAGCCUCUCCUCCAGCUCCCUCAGACGGUCUUGGUGCCACACCACUAACCUAGUCCGCAAGAAUCCAAACUUGCGGAAUAUCAAGAAAUUCGCAUCGCUUUCAAUGACCGCGGCCAACCUGGGCCAGCCGGGAUGAUUCUCUUUGACUGUAUGGAACGAUAUUAGUUCCAACCUUCUCUGCCUCGACUGAAUCGACAGGCUAAGGCUGACCUUUCAGAACUUCCGUCCUUCGCCAGUGAUCUCCUUGCCCCAGUAUUUCCUCCUGGCUUUGAGCGUCAUCUGGACUUGGAUUGGGCUUCUUGUUGCAUUCGCGAGUGAGGAACAACGAAAAGAAGCCAGCUACAACCGUUAGCGAACAGUUCUUGGGCUUGACGACCUUGAUCCUACAUUUGGGACUCUCCUUCUGGCCACUAUCGCUGCUUCCCCUUUCCACAUCGGAUAUAUCUACUUCGGUCUUCAUAUUGCGCACGCAAACGCCCUCCCGCGUCCUCGGUUCCAGCGGGCCCUCGAUAAUCUGGUUGGGGCGACUGAGAAUGUGGAAGAACGCCGUUUGCAGCGGGACCUUUGUGUUUAAGAGCUCAUCCGCAUUAUGGUUACACCGGUAGUUACACAUGACAAACUCGAGAUGAGAGGAACGCCUUGCACGACCUCGAUGCCUGCUUUUCGUCCCCAGAGGACUCGACAUCAGCCACCCAUAUUUCCAGUACACUGUCGCAAUAAUGAUACACACACAUUCGCUCCUAGCUCAGCCUUUCAGGGGGCACGUUUCUCCUUGUUUCUGUCAUACUCGACGCCGGCCUCCUUAUCUUUGCCAUGCUUCUUUAUUCUGGAGACUUAGCCACCGAGAAAGUCCUACGUCGACCUGCUAGUCCUUAUUCUUCUUCUCAUCCUUCUUCUUUCCAGAGUCGUGCUUCUCCUUGGAAGGCUCGAAAGGCUUGG